UUUUUUUUUUUUUUCAAAGGGCGACCCUUACCUUUCUUGCACAAUUGCUUGGCAUCCAUACUCCUAAUGAUGCAGACGAAUGUCGAUAUCGAUGCAGGAUCCACGAGACAUGGUCGAUCUGCAUAGCUCAUGAGAAAUCAAAGGACAGCAACGUGCACACGAGAGCCAAGGAUUGCAUGCGGAAAGCACGUUCUUCAUUACAUGUUCGUUUUAGGGUGCAGUUGACGAAUUGGACAAUGUUCGGUUAAAGAAACAGUUCACAUCAAGGUUAUUUCCAUGUCGUUAUCACGACAUGGUACCGGCGUAUAAAAAGAGACCCUAUCUCCCCUGGGAACUUCAAACAAACAACCCUUCCGUUCACUCACCCACAUCCACACAUACGCACAUACAUCAACAUGUCGAUUACAGAGAACUCUCCCCCAGGUACAGGCCACGUCGGCACCUUGACUCCCGAUCAGCUCGAAGCCCUCCAGAAGCUGUGGUCCGCGAUCUAUGAAAUCCAGGAGAAGGGCACCGUCACCAUCAUUCCUGACCCCGCACCCGUCGCACCAGCACCUGCUCCAGUUGCAGCCUCGACCGGUUGGGGUGGCGGAUGGUUUGGUGCCGCAGCUCCAGCAGCACCCGUCGAGCCCGUCAUCGAGCCUCCAACUACCAUCACAUUGUCCGAGCUUGGUUUGACCGCCGAAGAUGUGAGAUCGUCGCUUUGGAAGAAUGCACUGGGCGAUCACCCUGACUCGCUCGUCUUGCGGUUCUUGAGGGCGCGCAAAUGGGAUGUCGGCAAGGGACUGUUGAUGCUGUUGAAUGGCUUCAAGUGGCGAUUGGAGCAGGGUGUCGAGGACGUCAAGCUCCUCGGUGAUGACGAGCUGGAUGCCAAGUACCCCAAGUUCAAGCAGCAGCUCGAGAUGGGCAAGUUCUAUAUCCACGGCACAGAUAAGAAUGGUCAGCCUGUUGUCUAUCUGAAUGUCCAGUUGCACAGAGCCGGCGACCAGGACCCCAAGACACUUGAACGUUUGACCAUCUACCUCAUGGAGACGGGCCGUCUGCUGAUCCAGGCACCCGUCGAGACUGUCGCCCUAAUCUUUGAUCUCACCAACUUUGGACUCGGCAACAUGGACUACAACCUCGUCCAGUUCCUCGUCAAGUGCUUCGAGGCCUACUACCCUGAAUCUCUCGGUGCCAUCUUGGUUCACAAUGCCCCUCUGGUCUUCUGGGGUGUCUGGAAGAUCAUCGAGCCAUGGCUGGACCCCGUCGUCGCUUCCAAGAUCAAGUUCACCUACAAGAACCAGGAACUACUUGAUUUGAUCCCAGCAGAGCACUUGCCUGAUUCAUACCAGGGCGCAGGAACGGACAAGUUCAAGUAUGAUUACAUUCCACCAGUCGCUGGCGAGAACGAUAAGAUGAAAGACGAGGCAACCAAGGCAGCGCUCGGAGCAGAAUGGAACACAUUGACAGCAUCGUUCGACAUCAAAACAAAGGAAUGGAUCAAGAGUGGCAAGAAGGAGCCAUCACCGGAGAGAGAGGCGAUUGCCAAGGAGUUGCACGCACAGUACUACAAGAUGGAUCCAUACACUCGUGCCAGAACUCAGUUCCAUCGCAAGAACGCCGAGGGCAAGUCCGUGAUCCAACCCGAUGGCUCCGUCGUCUGGACCUACAACCCAUAAUCAAGAAUUGUAUACCCGGUGUAUUUAUUUUCAAGCAAUAAACGUUCAGCAAUCCAAAG